AAGUUUCAAUGAAUGUUAUAAAUUUUACAGACAAAAGGAGGAUAACAUGAAGACUGCAGAGAAAGCGUGGGAAGCUGAGAAACAAGAAUUAAUUAAAAUUAACAACCAGGACAAGCAACUGCUGAACAAACUGACCAAAGACCGAGGAUUUCUAGAAACAAGGGUGAAGACUUUGGCAGAAAUUGUCGACGAGAACGAGAAGUCUGCGAAAGAAACGGAAGAGAAGUGCAGGGAAGAAGUUCGAAGGGCGAAACAACAACUCGAAGAGGAGAAGAUCGCAAGAGAGACGAUGGAGAAGAAGUACGAGUACAUGAGGCAGGAAUUUUUCAAAAUGGAGGUCACCAAUCAACAGGCCAUCGACUUGGUCGUCACCAAAAAGGAGGGGAAUGGAGAAG